UUUAUUGUCGCUCAGUGGAUUAAGGAGUUCUAUCGACCCUAUUUAUGGUGCCGCGGCUCGCGGCGGGACUGCACCUUCGACUGUGGAGACGUUUGGACACGCCGGCCACUGGCCUCGCCACGCGAAAAAAAAAAAAAAAAAAAAGCACGAGACAGCGCGAGAACAUUUUCGGCAGUGGAGUCACCGAAGUGCAAGUUCGCGACGAAGACGACGACGACGUCGAUCACGCGCAUGCCACCUGUUCUUUUCGCACAGAACGCAGGAAGAUUUUUUCGAAUCUCGAGCCUCGCAUCGGUUUUUUUGGCUGGACGGCGUCUCUGCCUACAGUGAGGAAGAAGUCACUAGGAAAACUACAUGGCUCGUCCCUUCUUUUGCCUACCGUCCGACGAGUUUGCGCUCUCCAAUUUCCAAGAACAUCAACUGGCCAAUGAGCUUGACGCGGCGGCUGAUUUGACGAGAAAGGCUUACUUCGCCAAGCGCCGGCUGUCGUCGUUGGAGUGCUGUGAAAAGUGGUGCUCGCACUUUUUCGACGCGCGAGACUUCAAUGAGCAGCUCAUGAGGGCCGUGUGCAGAAAAGCUCCGACACAGGAAGAAAAAGCAGCUUCCAAACUUGAGGGCCUCUUCAACCACGUCCAGCGGCAGUUCCAGGCAAAACUCCCGGUAGUGCCAAGCAGACUGCAGCCACUGCACUCUGCCAUCGGUGGAACAAGGCUGGCAAUACUUCUACGGUGCACAAGGACGCAGUCCACAGUGUGCCACCUAGUAGGGCACUUGGAGCAAAUCAACGACGUCAUCUGGUUGCUGGACUUCGAAAUGACCGAAGUCAUGCCAGGCAAGCAUGCCAUACGCAGGGUCGGAGCGUCCGAGUGUCCGAAGACCUACCAGAACGAUGUGGUAUUCGCAUACGCCGCCAUCACCUUGCUGCUUCUCCUGCACACACACAGCUGCGUCGAACGUUUUGAGGUCGUCGACCUGUUCGCUGCCGAGACUGAAUUUGACCGGAUGCUUUGUGCGAACAUCGGAGCGAGCGAUUCGCUAACCUGCCUUCGCAUGAGCCUAUGCGAACUUGGCGAAUCUGCUUCACACACGCUCGGGGAAGCUCUCGGUCAUUUGCUGGCGUGGAUGGAGGCGUGGAUGAAUCUGCUUGCAGAAGGCCUGGACAAAGCGCAGAAUCUUGCCAGGCUCAGGAUCACGGAUCUCUAUAUAAACAUGGACUACGGGAAGUCGAGGCUGGACACCGGGAGAGCACUUCUAGGAGCCCUGGAAGCCAACGCGGCCAUCGCCUGUCUCAGCGUAGACUGCAGUUUGGUCUCACUCGAACAUGGCCCUCGCUUCAAGCAAUGGCUGGCUCAGGCUUCGGAGCUGAAGGAGCUGAGCCUAUGCUGCAGCCAGUGCAGGCAUAGACACGAGGCGAGCCUCGUAUUCGAGUCACUGCCGGUGACCACUGUUAUCGCCCGCUUGAACUUGCAGGGUUUUGCUCUGCGUGCCACUGAUGCGGCGUCGCUCACCGAACUGGUCGCCGGCAGCGACCGCCUGGACGACGUGAGCUUCACCUUCGUCAAACGGGCACACCGACAGAGCGAGAAGUACAACGAGAAGAUGGUCAACGCUAUAUUCGAUAUAUACAGCGCCGAUAAUCUCUAUGCUAAUGACUGUGGCGGCAUCUGGUGAAAUGGAAGCGAGACGCUUUCACAACGACGGUGGUUUA